GAGCCCCCGCCCCCCUUCGCAGAGGCCUACAGCUGGGGUUGCGGGGAGAAUUGGAACUGAGCUCGAGGUCGGGGGAGGCGGGUUGUUAAAUCCGCCCCCUCCUCAUACCCAACUUCCGAGGGGGGAAGCGGCAGAGGGGAGGUUGGGGUUGGACCAGCGGCGAGGGGGCCCCUCCCUUGCACCUCCCCCCACCGGACUUGGUCGCGUCCGAAGUGUAACACUUUCUCUUUGUCGGAGGAGCUCUUCUUCCUGUGCGGUAGCUCCCGUUGCGGCGGCGCCCGUGGUAGCCCUGGCGGACCCAGGAGCGAUGGCAGCGACCGAUAUAGCUCGCCAGGUGGGUGAAGGUUGCCGAACUGUCCCCCUGGCUGGACAUGUGGGGUUUGACAGCUUGCCUGACCAGCUGGUGAAUAAGUCAGUCAGCCAGGGCUUCUGCUUCAACAUCCUGUGCGUGGGAGAGACUGGUUUGGGCAAGUCCACCCUCAUGGACACCCUGUUCAACACCAAGUUUGAAGGGGAGCCAGCUACCCACACGCAGCCAGGUGUCCAGCUCCGGUCCAAUACCUAUGACCUCCAAGAGAGCAACGUGGGGCUAAAGCUCACGAUCGUUAGCACGGUGGGCUUUGGGGACCAGAUCAACAAGGAGGACAGCUACAAGCCCAUCGUGGAAUUCAUUGAUGCGCAAUUCGAGGCCUACCUGCAGGAGGAGCUGAAGAUCCGAAGAGUGCUGCACACCUAUCAUGACUCCCGAAUCCACGCCUGCUUGUAUUUCAUCGCCCCAACGGGCCAUUCCCUGAAGUCUCUGGACCUAGUGACAAUGAAGAAGCUGGACAGUAAAGUGAACAUCAUCCCCAUCAUUGCCAAAUCAGAUACCAUUUCUAAGAGUGAGCUAACAAAGUUCAAAAUCAAAAUCACCAGCGAGCUUGUCAGCAACGGGGUCCAGAUCUAUCAGUUCCCUACAGAUGAUGAGUCGGUGGCGGAGAUCAACGGAACCAUGAAUGCCCACCUGCCAUUUGCUGUCAUUGGCAGCACAGAAGAAGUGAAGAUAGGCAACAAGAUGAUGAAGGCGCGGCAGUAUCCUUGGGGCACUGUGCAGGUGCCUGGUACAAUACUGGGAACAGAAGUUCUACAAAUCUAUAUUGGAUGGAUGGAUGAAUGUGCAUGUGCUCUUGUCCCCAAAGUGGUGCAGAACAAACAUUCCUGCGAGGGUUCUGAUUGGUGCACUGAAGUCAAAGUACUACUGAACAUCUUCUUAGUUGAAAACGAGGCCCACUGCGACUUUGUGAAGCUGCGGGAGAUGCUGAUUCGGGUCAACAUGGAGGAUCUGCGGGAGCAGACCCACACCCGGCACUAUGAGCUGUACCGCCGCUGUAAGCUGGAGGAGAUGGGCUUCAAGGACACCGACCCUGACAACAAACCAUUCAGCUUGCAGGAGACAUAUGAGGCCAAAAGGAAUGAGUUCCUAGGGGAGCUCCAGAAAAAAGAAGAGGAGAUGAGACAGAUGUUCGUCCAGAGAGUCAAAGAGAAAGAAGCAGAACUCAAAGAGGCAGAGAAAGAGCUGCAUGAGAAGUUUGAUCGCCUGAAGAAGCUGCACCAGGACGAGAAGAAGAAGCUGGAGGAUAAGAAGAAAUCUCUGGACGAUGAAGUAAAUGCUUUCAAACAGAGAAAGACGGCGGCCGAGCUGCUCCAGUCCCAGGGUCCCCAGGCUGGAGGCUCACAGACUCUGAAGAGGGACAAAGAAAAGAAAAAUUAACCCUGCUGUUUGCUGCAUGCUGCAUGAGACCCAGGGUCCUGUUUGGGCUUCCUGUAGACGCCCUUUUCCUGCGCAACAGAGCUGGGCCUCCCUUUCUUUAAUUUACCCCUUAACACGUCUGGGAGUGCAUAAAACCUAUGCCCUCCCCUCUCUUCCUGCCAAGGUUUAUAGAAGCCUGAGAGUCUGAGGACGAUGUCUGGCCUCUGGUCAAGAAGCCAGCAGUGACAUGGCUUGGAGAUGCGCACCCUGCAUUCCCCUCCCCAUCCCUGCGCCCCCAGCUGUCCCUCCCACCUCACCACCAUCUUUGCCAGACUGUAACAUGUUCAGGGGGCACAUCUGCUACUCUUCACACCAACUUCCCUGUCCGAACUCUGAUAGCUGCUUGUUUCUCUGAGGUAUUUGCAUCCACUAUGGCUGAGGAAGCACCAGUCAGCACGGCUACCUCCUUAGUCCCUCGGGUCUCCCCUGGCCCACUCCACCCCCGUCCUCAGGAGCCACAGCCCCUUCUCAGAGGGUUCCAAGAGGAGAUGCUUUGGUGCCUUUUCCUUCUGGCCUUUUAGCCCAGCCCUUUGCAGUUUUCAUUCACUCAAAGUAACUGCAUUGGAGCUGCAUUACAAAUCUGCCACAAGUUUGUUUACACCAAGCCCUUCCCAUAAAACACAACUGCUGGAGAAAGUAACAUAAAUUUCCCCUCUCUCUAACUCUGGGGCAGUACUAGGAAUAAUAAUCCCACUUCAAAAACUGGCAAACUGAGCUGUCAAAGAUUCAAGUGUUUGGGGGUUUGCUCUGAUGAAUCUUCUAAUCUACUUGGUGAAUGUGAUGAUGAUUUUAAUAUGCAUUUUGCACACAUCCUCCAGUAAGAACAGAGGCAACUAUCAGAGAGAAGAAAAGAUGUGUUCGGCCUUGGAAGGUCCUUAACUUUAUUUCCAGUCUAAGGAAUUGAUAUUUUAAAAAUAUUCCAGCCUUCAUUUUUAUAAUGGGUCCCAUCUGAUAGUGGCUUUGGAAACCCUUUUGAAUAAAGAGCCCUCCAUUGUCAGGGCCAUGAGGCACAGUGGCCUUUGGUGUUUGGCCAGUGACAAAGUGAGAGCUGGAGGUGACCUGGCAAUGAUCUGUGGCUAACAUGCAGUCUCUCUGCCCUUCCUUUGCAGUAAUCCAUGGCUGUGUACUGAAUAGUAUUCCCUGCUACAGCUGGACUGGACUCCGUUUAGCCUUUUAAGCCAAGGUUCCUAUUUUAACUGACAGCUUUCCUUUGGGGUGCCAGACAGCCAGGCCUCCCCCACCCCUGCCAUGUACUUCAAGUCCCACUUCUUCUUUUUGAGUUCUUCAACUGGCUCCUGCCUCGCAGUCCCACUGGGCGCUGACCGUGACUAUCUUCUUCUUUUUUUUUGAGGUUUUCUUUUUUUAUUUUGAGGUUUUUUUUUUUUUGAUCACUUACUUUCAAAGCACACAGUCAAACAAGGCUAUGGCAAAUUUCUAGGCCUUUUUGAAGUAUUGAGAAGGGGAAAGAGGUUUCUCUCCAAUAAGGGAUAAUAAUAGGAAGCAAAAAAAAAAAGGCAAAAAAGUAGAAAAAAGCGAAAAGCAAACAUGUGCACACACUUUCUCUUGUUGGCAAAGCAAGAGUGCAAUUUUAAUAUGUACUGUUUGGUGAUUCACGAUUGGUUAGUGGGCAGAGAGGCAAGUAUGAAGGUGAUGCUGCCAAUGCGGAAAGCCAGUUUCUUGGGAAAAUCCAAGUCACAGUGGAGCGUUUUAAAGACCCUGUGCUUGGAGGUAAAAACAACCCCCCUCCCCCCCAAAAAAAAAGCACCCAAAAAAACAAGCCAAAAAAAAAAAGCCCACUGGGGUACUUAGCCUUAGGUCUCCUUGGGAGAGGCUACUUACUUAUUUAUAGCUUUGAUAUUUCUCCGUCCAUCUUCAGAGCUGCUUUUCCAGAGGCCCACACUUAAACAACCAAUGGGUAAUCACCAUCCCCCUGAGUAAUUAUUUGCAUUACAAACCGGAGGCCCCCUCAUUUGCAUUUGAUUACAGAUUAACUACUUUAGGCUUGAGGAGCUGUGACUGCUUCAAAAGUAUGAGAGCCCUCACAGCCUUUGAGAGACUGACAGAAACGAAACAAGAAUUUUUUAUGAAGAGACAUUUCCGUCAGUAGGACAGAUACAUAUGGCCCACUUAUUCCGUAAGAGGAAGCUGAGGCCCAGAGAAGUGAAGGGCCUGGACGGAGGUCCCACUGCUGCCUUGUGGCAGAAGCCAACCUAAAUUCCAUGCCUCCUGACUCCCAAUCCAUUUCACAGAGGGAUUCAACUUGUUUACAUAACCUUCCUGGAGACAAGGUCUUCUGAUGUUCUGAGAAACCGAAUAGUCAGUAUUAGAAGACGUGAGGUUUUUUCUCCCCAGAAAAACAUCUCAGGAUGGAGUGGGAGGGGCAGGGAAAGCAGAGGUUCUCAGCUAGCUCCGUAGGGGAGUCACGGGGCACCUGUUAGCCCGUCAGCUUUCCUGCAAGGCUGGAACGGGGUCCAGUGCCUGUGAGUGAGCAUAAGGCCUUUAAAAAGCUGAUCAAGCCUAUGAAAAGAAUUAAAAUGCUUAUUUCACUGGGCAGCUUUUCUCACUGUAGACAGAAAAGUUUUCCCUUCUACAAUGAAAAGGCUUCUUAAUUAGUACAAUUGUUACUGUUUUUAAAAAAUACCCUAAGUACUCUAUUUAUUUCUGGUGAGACAAAACCAGUCAUUAUAAAUGGUCUGUGCUUUUAUUUUCCCAGACUGGAAUGGCUUUUCUGAAACGCACACACGCACACACCCCUCAUUUCUCUUAAGCCAAGAAGUUUGCUUUUCCUAGCUGCAGUGCAGAUUGCUCUUGUUUUGGGUUUUUUUUUUGUUGUUGUUGUUGUUUGUUUUAAUCAUUUGGCAUUCACAUGUGGCUGUUAAUAUGUGCUUGUUUUUGAUUAAAACAAGAAGCUUUAAACCAGUGUGUGGUGUUCUUAAAACCUCGGCAGAUUUCCCCAUGGUGAUGGCCCAUCGGUGACCCUCAUUUCUAACCUGUCUUCUCAAAGUAUAAUCUGUGCUACCUCACACUGCCAGCUCCCCUCCCCCUGUCUUACUUUGAAUGUCCUUUUUCUUAGCUAAUUUCAUGUUUUCUUUCUCUUUCUCUCUCCCUCUCCAGCUUUUUUUAAUCUUGUCUUCAGCAGCUGCACUAAGUUUAAAGGAGAAGACUGCCAUUAUAGAAGAGUUAGGGUUCCACAUUGUCUCAAACCAGAAAUCAUCCAAUUCCCUCUCCCCUCAAACUGCGUGCACACACACACACACACACACACCACUCAACAAGUGUUCAUGUGUCCCCGUGUCCAGGCAAGAAGCUCUCUUCUGACUUACAUGGUAUUUUAAAUGGAAAUGUCUUGUCCUAAACUAACAAGGCACGAAAAGAACCAUCAGAGCUGGAAAAUGGACCAAAUGUAACCUCAAAGAGACAACUACAAGAUCACUCACCCAAGUGUAAGUGACUGGGGCAGGAUACCCCAGCUGGGUGUGGAAGUGCUAUUCACAACUUUUUGUUUGAGUUUUAUGUUUUUCUUUUUAAGCAACAAUUCUCUGGUUCAGUGGAUUGACUGUCUAUGGCCACCAUUAAUCAUUUCUGAAUAUGGAAGAGAAAGUCAAGUGACAUUUGUAUCUUCUUCAACAUUUCACAGACCUCAGCAAGGGGAAAAAAAUGGAUCCACUAACACUCAGGUGGAGAAGGGAGAGAAUAAAAGGGGGUUUAAGCUUAGCUAGAGCAAAAUUACUCCUCCAUUCAACUUUCCAAGGCCAGUUGGGGUUUUGAGAGGUUUCUGCUCAACCUGGGAUCUGGAGGGAGAGCUUUGUUGUUGAUAAAUCUGCCUUGAAUUCAUUGGUUUAACUUGCAUCAAAAUACCAUGUCAGUGUGCUCAUUACCAUAUAUCCUUACUGCCAUCACCACCAUUCUGCUGUCCAGUGUCUCUUGAGAGAGCCUCUUUGCAUGUUUUCCAGAAUCUGUGUUUGUUUUUCCUUUCUUCUUUGUUCUUUUUGCUCAAAGGUGUGACCAAUCACUGCCCCUCUGGGGCUUUCAUUCUCCAGGAGAAACAUCCCAGAACCAGCACUGUUUAGCUUGAUGCCUUUCUAAUGUCCAUGUCAAUUUUCAAUAAAAUUCAAAGAAAUGCUAAA